AUGUCUCAACCAAACCAUUCUCUCACCAAAGCCUCACUCGCACCAAAACCAGGGGAUACCACUGUUUCAUCCGAAUGGUUGGAAUUCAUCUUGAGAAAGAAGGGAAUAUUGACCGAUGAGAAUCAUCAUGUUCUCUCUGUAGAGAUGAAUGGAUUGAAGGAUAAUAGAGGACUUGCAGCAGUGAUGAAUCGAUUAACCGUUACCUAUUCCGAUCCUGAAUGCCAUUCCUUGCCAAAAACAUUCAUGUUGAAAACAAGUCAAACCAGUGAACAAGCGAGAGCUCAAUCCAGUGCUCGUGGACAAUAUCGAGAAGGAUUGUUUUAUGAUAGUGAUUUAGUGGAGCAGUUGGAGGUUUCGAAAAAUGUCUUGUAUGGAUUUGGAUGCGAAAAAACUGGUGAAUAUGUGUUGCUGAUGAAAGAUUUAAAAACUAGUGAUCAUGUGGUUGGUGCUAAUUUUGUGUUUGGUAAUCAAGUUUGGGGAAUGCCAGAAAUGAAUGUCAAACUUCCUGAGCCAGUUUCUGUUUUGGAACAAAUGUAUUUGACUUGUGCAAGGUUGAAUGCCAAGUUUUGGAAAGACCCAUCAUUAUUGAGUCAUGGGUUUUUGAAAGCUUGUGGAUUUUACAAGGGUGAACAUCGAGAUGUAUGGGAAUUUGGAAUGGCCAAUGGAAGAAAGGCUUGGGAAGCUGCCAAAGAAAGAAAUGCUCAAAGUGAACUUUUCAAAUUCUCUGAAAAAUUAAUUGGAAUUAUUGAUCGAUCCUAUGAAUUGGCAAGUUGGGAAAAUAUGCAAAAGGCCAUUCAUGAAGAACCAUUUGCUUUGUGUCAUGGAGAUUUUCAUGCUAGUAACAUGUUUGUGAAUGUUGAAAAUUUGGAAUUGUCCUUGUUUGAUUGGUCUGAAGUUGGUAUUUGGAAUCCAGUGACAGAUUUGGCUCAGACUCUCAUCUCUGAUGUGAAACCUGAAAUUGUCGCUCAAAAUUCCAAACAUUUACUGAAAACUUACUAUGACGAAUUGGAGCGUUGUGGAGCUGACUUGUCUGAUUUUUCUUUUGAAGCAUGUUGGAACUGUUUCUGCAAGAAUGGCCCAGAACGAUGGAUUUGGCUCUUUUCAGUGUUGGCUUCCCUAUCUUUCAUUCCUGAAAUAGCUGUGAAAUAUUGGCACGACAAUUUGUUGUCGUUCAUUGAAUCUCAUGGUGACUAUCCAGUCUAUAAUUUGAAAUCCAUUUGUUAA